AUGUUAAGUUUGGCACGCGCCACGCCUACAAUAAACCGCAAAAGUCAAAGGAGAAGCCGGGUGGGGGGUAUAAAGAUGGAGAGAGAUAGAGUGCACAAAGUAUGCAACAUAUUUCACAGUUCGAGGCAGAUGGCGAUGGAAAAGGACAAAACAGACCCCAGGGAAAGCGCCUCUGUCGUCACACGCCACACUCAAAAGCGUGACUGUUACUUGCAGAAUCCCAGAACACCCAACGCCCCCUUACGCCCCCUGACACUCCCUUUAACCCCUCCAUUCCCGCCCUUAAAUCGCCCCUGCCAUUCGCUGAAGAAUUUUUGA